AUGUCUACCACGACUCUACACAACCUUGAGGCGGUCCUAUCAAGACAUGAGCUCGUUGGUAAAGGAUCUUUUGGAGAAGUUUUCAAAGGUAUUGAUCAACGUACUAAUCGGAUUGUUGCUAUAAAAAUAAUCGAUCUAGAAAAAGCGGAAGAUGAGAUAGACGACAUCCAACAAGAAAUUAUGAUUUUAUCCCAAUGUGACAGUCCUUUUAUUACGAAAUAUUUUGGGUCUUACUUGAGAAAUUCGAAAUUGUGGAUAAUCAUGGAAUAUUUAGGAGGUGGAUCCGCAUCGGAUCUAAUGAAAGCUGGGCCACUUGAAGAGAUGCACAUCGCUAUUAUUUUACGUGAAGUACUUCGAGGCUUAGAUUAUCUACACGGUGAAUUGAAACUACAUAGGGAUGUUAAAGCUGCAAAUAUUCUGCUUAGCGAACAUGGUGACGUUAAACUAGCAGACUUCGGCGUUGCGGGUCAGUUGACAGCUACCAUCAGCAAGAGAAAUACAUUUACGGGAACUCCGUUUUGGAUGGCCCCAGAAGUGAUCAAACAAAGUUCUUAUGACUUCAAAGCAGAUAUUUGGAGUCUAGGAAUAACGGCUAUAGAAUUGGCUAAAGGUGAACCGCCAAAUUCGAAAAUUCAUCCGAUGAAAGUACUUGUUUUGAUAGUUCAAAGCAACGCUCCUCAGCUCGAUGGUGAGUUUACUAAACCUUUUAAGGAGUUUGUAGAUAUUUGUUUAAAUAAAGAUCCCCAACAUAGACUUCCAGCAAAAGAAUUGUUGAAGCAUCCGUUUAUUAAAAAAGCGAAAAGAAAUUAUCUCUUGGUAGACUUGAUUGAUAGGUACCUGAAUUGGAAGUUGGAGAAGGUUGAAGUCGAGAAUUCCAAUUAUGACGAAGCAACAUUGAGUUCAAUGUCAACAAUACCUGAUUGGAACUUAACCAUUAAAGAAGAAACGCGCGAGAACAGCGAUACCAUCAUAACAAAUAACGAAGAAAUUUCAAAUGGAGUUUUAAAUUCUUUAUGCGACAUAUUGGACAAUUUAAAUAAAACCGAUACGGAUUUAAAAAACGCUUUUAAAGCUUCAGAAUCUUCGUGUCCCGGUAUUUGUGACAACUUUGUUCAUAAAUUGGUUAAAACAUUACAACCAUCCAUAUCGGAUCGGCGAAUGGAAGAAGUCAUGGAGAAAAUUAGAACUGAGAGUAAAAUAAUGCCAAAUUGCGAUAUACUUUUUGAUCAACUGUAG